GACACCUCGUACGAGGUGCAAGUGCACCCCUGCCACGCUUUACCCUCCGUAUCUCAUGGUGUAUCUUGUCCUCCUGUGCAGAGCUCCACACAGGAGAUUGGAGAAGAGCUGGAGGAUGGUGUGAUCUACAGCAUAUCACUCCGGAAAGUGCAGCUCCAUCACACGGCCAACAAAGGGCAGCGAUGGCUGGGGUUUGAGAACGAGUCGGCCUUAAACCUCUACGAGACAUGUAAGGUGCGGACGAUAAAAGCUGGGACCUUGGAGAAGCUGGUGGAGUACCUGGUCUCAGCCUUCAAGGGCAAUGACUCCACCUACGUCACCAUCUUCCUGUGCACUUACCGGGCUUUUGCCACCACCAAGCAAGUGCUGGACCUGCUGCUUAACAGGUACGGCAAACUCCACGUGCAGACAAAUGGGGACCAUGCCAGGCACGCUGUGGAUGAGAGGAUGGAGCUGAAGAACACCAUCUCCUCCAUCCUGGGCGCCUGGCUGGACCAGUACUCAGAGGACUUCCGCAAGCCCCCGGACUUUGCCUGCCUCAAGCAGCUCAUCUCCUACGUGCGCCACAACAUCCCCGGCUCGGACCUGGAGCGCCGAGCCCGCAUCCUGCUGGCCCAGUUCCAGCAGCAAGAGCAGAGCGAGUCCGAAGCAGAAGCUGUGGCCCACAGCGGCUGCACCUUCCAGCUGGUGGAGGAGAAUGGGGUCGGGGACGGAAAGCCAGAUUUCCUCUCCUUCUCCCCAGAGAUGGUGGCAGAGCAGUUCACGCUGAUGGACGCUGAGCUAUUUAAGAAAGUGGUGCCUUACCACUGCCUGGGCUGCAUCUGGUCCCAGCGAGACAAGAAGGGCAAAGAGCACCUGGCUCCCACCAUCCGUGCCACAGUCUCGCAGUUCAACAGCGUGGCCAACUGUGUCAUUGCCACGUGUCUCGGUGACCGGUCCCUGAAGCCUCAGCAGAGGGCUAAGGUGGUGGAGCGGUGGAUCGAAGUGGCUCGGGAGUGCCGCAUCCUGAAGAACUUCUCCUCCCUCCGAGCCAUCCUCUCGGCUCUGCAGUGCAAUGCUGUUCACCGGCUGAAGAAGACCUGGGAUGAGGUCCUACG